AUGGAGCUGUGCAUUAUGCUUCUUGAGUGUUGCAGUCAGGAGAGAACAUACCUUCGUUAUUAUGGGCUGCUAGGACAGCGAUUUUGCAUGAUCAAUAAAGUGUACCAAGAGAACUUCGAAAAAUGCUUUGUGCAACAAUAUUCGAUGAUUCAUCGUCUUGAAACAAACAAGUUGAGGAAUGUUGCCAAGUUCUUUGCACAUUUGUUGGGGACUGAUGCGCUCCCUUGGCAUGUUUUGGCUUACAUCAGGUUGACAGAGGAAGACAGAACAUCAUCUUCUCGAAUUUUCCUAAAAAUUCUAUUCCAAGAAUUAUCGGAGCACCUGGGCAUACGCCUACUCAAUGAGAGGCUGAAUGAUCCUAACAUGCAAAGGUUCCUUCGAGUCUAUCUUCCCAAAGGAUCAUCCGAAGAAUACAAGGUUCUCGAUCAAUUGCUUCACGUCCAUUGGUCUUGGUGGUAUAACGGAAAGCGUGAGGGAGUACUUGAAGAACAUGCCGCGCCUAAUAAUGCAGCAGCAGAAGCCGGAAUCAUCGGAGUCAGAAUCAAGUGGAUCUGA